AUUCAUUACUAUCGGGUUGUAGUACCUAAACCACACGUCGACUUACAUCAAUUUUCACUAAACAAUUGUAAAAUUUUAUCAGAUUUCAUUGGCAAAAUGUGUGAGCCUGCCUGUGACGAUUUGGAGACCUUCAAUCCCCAAGUGGAGUUUCAGAAGUUUCUCAAACGCAAGCCAGUCGUCCAGACGGCCAAACUCUAUGAGAAUCUACACAAGCGCGAGGACAUCAAGUGUCCCUACCGCUUCAAGGGCUAUGGCGUGGAGACAGACACCAAUACCAUGUACCGCACUUGCAACUCAGAGUACGGAUACUAUGCCCCCAAUGUCUAUACCAUACCUAAGCGCUUCCAUCCGCGUCCCCAGAAGUUCUCCAAUGAGGUGGCGCGCUUCGGCAUGUAUCGCAAUUUCUCCCUCAAUACCCACAUAGAUCGCACAUUCUACUAGAUUUUAUAUGCUGUGCAAAGCAACGAGCAACCCUUUUAUGGUUUUCUAAAAAUUUAUAAAUCCGUUUCUGACCAGACCAAACACUACAACACAACCUUUUCUAUCCAUUUUUCCAUUUAAACACCACUUAACAUCAUUAAAAUCUGUAAAAAUUGUAUAUGUAAAAAAAAUAUCAAAAUGCCGUGCUCUAAAUAAUAUAAAAAUAAAUAGAA